GAGGAGGAGGAGGGGGAGGUGGUGGAGGUGGUGGAGGUGGAGGCUGAAGCAGAGCGAGAGGCGGCCGCGGCGGGGCGGCUCGGCGGGGCGGCGCGCGGCCCAGAAACGUUGGAAUCCUGAAUUGAGACGGCUACGCCUGAAGACAGCAGGAGUGGCGGGGCAGCCGCCGUCGCCGGAGAUGAGCCGGGAAGCCUGAGGCCGGAGACGCCCGCCCUCGGGCCUGUCCGCCCGGCUUCCCCGCUCCCGGUUGCUGGAAGAUGAAAGAGACUAUACAAGGGACCGGGUCUUGGGGGCCUGAGCCUCCUGGACCCGGCAUAGCCCCAGCUUAUUCAAGUCCCAGGCGGGAGCGUCUUCGUUGGCCCCCACCCCCCAAACCCCGACUCAAAUCAGGUGGAGGGUUUGGGCCAGAUCCUGGGUCAGGGACCACAGUGCCAACCAGACGCCUUCCUGUCCCUCGGCCCUCUUUUGAUGCCUCAGCUAGUGAAGAGGAGGAAGAAGAAGAGGACGACGAGGAUGAAGAUGAGGAAGAGGAAGUGGCAGCUUGGAGGCUGCCCCCCAGAUGGGGUCAGCUGGGAGCCUCCCAGCGGCCUCGCCCUCCCCGCCCUGCUCAUCGGAAAACGUGUUCACAGCGCCGUCGCAGAGCUAUGAGAGCCUUCCGGAUGCUGCUCUACUCAAAAAGCACCUCGCUGACAUUCCACUGGAAGCUUUGGGGGCGCCACCGGGGCCGGCGGCGGAGCCUUGCACACCCCAAGAACCAUCUUUCACCCCAGGAAGGGGGUGUGACACCACAUGUGCCAUCCCCCUGCUGUCGUUUUGACUCGCCCCGGGGACCACCUCCCCCCCGGCUGGGUCUGCUAGGUGCUCUCAUGGCUGAGGAUGGGGUGAGAGGGUCUCCACCAGUGCCCUCUGGGCCCCCCAUGGAGGAAGAUGGAUUAAGGUGGACUCCAAAGUCUCCUCUGGACCCUGACUCGGGCCUCCUCUCUUGUACUCUGCCCAACGGCUUUGGGGGACCACCUGGGCCAGAAGGGGAGCGAACUCUGGCACCCCCUGAUGCCAGCAUCCUCAUCAGUAAUGUGUGCAGCAUCGGGGACCAUGUGGCCCAGGAGCUUUUUCAGGGCUCAGAUUUGGGCACUGCAGAAGAGGCUGAGCGGCCUGGGGAGAAAGCUGGACAGCACAGCCCCCUGCGGGAGGAGCAUGUCACCUGUGUGCAGAGCAUCUUGGAUGAAUUCCUUCAAACUUAUGGCAGCCUCAUCCCCCUCAGCACUGAUGAGGUAGUAGAGAAACUGGAGGACAUUUUCCAGCAGGAGUUCUCUACACCUUCCAGGAAGGGCCUGGUGCUGCAGCUGAUCCAGUCAUACCAGCGGAUGCCAGGCAAUGCCAUGGUGAGGGGCUUCCGAGUUGCCUAUAAGCGGCAUGUGCUGACCAUGGACGACCUGGGGACCUUAUAUGGACAGAACUGGCUCAAUGACCAGGUGAUGAACAUGUAUGGAGAUCUCGUCAUGGACACGGUCCCUGAAAAGGUGCAUUUCUUCAACAGUUUCUUCUAUGAUAAACUCCGUACCAAGGGUUAUGAUGGGGUGAAAAGGUGGACCAAAAACGUGGACAUCUUCAAUAAAGAGCUACUGCUAAUCCCCAUCCACCUGGAGGUGCAUUGGUCCCUCAUCUCUGUUGACGUGAGGCGGCGCACCAUCACCUAUUUUGAUUCGCAGCGCACCCUGAACCGCCGCUGCCCUAAGCAUAUUGCCAAGUAUCUACAGGCAGAGGCAGUGAAGAAAGACCGGCUGGAUUUCCACCAGGGCUGGAAAGGUUACUUCAAGAUGAAUGUGGCCAGGCAGAAUAAUGACAGUGACUGCGGCGCCUUUGUGUUGCAGUAUUGCAAGCACCUGGCCCUGUCUCAGCCAUUCAGCUUCACUCAGCAGGACAUGCCCAAACUUCGUCGGCAGAUCUACAAGGAGCUGUGUCACUGCAAACUCACUGUGUGAGCCUCGUAUUCCAGGCCCCAAGCCCAUUCAUUAAUGGGCAGGGGGACAUGGGAGACCCUUCCUUCCCAAGAAACUCCAGUUCCCUUUGUCUCUAGCCUCUUCCCACCCAGUUCCCUUUGGAUUUUCAUAUUUAAAUGUUUUAAUUGAUUUCUGUAUUUUUUUUUCUUUGAGAGAAUAUUUGUUGAUUUCUGAUGUUCAGGGGUUGGCCAUGGAAAAUCCCCUUUUUCCUUCUGUCUACAGGGGAGUAUGGCCUUGUGGCCUGGGUGGGGCAGUCAUCUCCCUUCCAUGUGCAGGAGGGGGGGACAGCAAAAUCUGUGCUGGGGUGGUGGGCGGGCAAUGGGAUUACUGCCUGCCAGAUCUUCAAACUUUUUUUUAUAUAUAUAUAUAUAUAAAUACCAUGGUCCUUCUCUGGUCAAUAAAGGAUCCUUUGGAGAUA